AUGAAUUGGACUAUUUUUGAGAAAGUGCAAUGUUUUCUCUCCAAUACUACUCUACUAAAAUCCUUUUGGUUAGAAGCUACCCCUAUUGUAGCUUAUCUUAUUAAGAAAUCCCUUCCGAUUGCCAUUGAAAAGAAAACUCCACAAGAGAUAUGGUCUAGCUCUCUUGCUAAUUAUUAUUUUCUCAAAGUCCUUGGAUGCUUAACCUAUGUUUGUGUCAACAAUGGAAAGUUUGAACCACGAUUAGUUAAAUAUAUAUUUCUUAGAUUCAAGCCAAGAGUCAAUGGAUAUAAAUUAUAUCAUCCUAAGAAUCAAAAAAGUUAUCUACAGUAG